AUGGAGACCAAAGGGGACAUCAACGGCAUUUUUCCAAGUCUAAAUGAUGGUGUAGAAGCAGAAUGCACCAUCCGGGCGCACGAUAUUCUCCCUUUGCCAUUUAUGGACAUUGAGAAGUUCUGCCAUGACACUGGAACUACAAUUCCGCUGUUCAUUAAGACUGUUUGGUUGAUUGUUAUGUGGCCAUUUCUGGAGAUUGACCGUAUAUGCAUUGGUUAUCGGGACUAUCGCGAUAGCUCUCCACACCUGGCAUCAGGCCCCGAGAAAGUCAUCCAGUCAGGCAUACUACCCGAUGCCUCAUUGAUAGAGCUGCUCAAGUCGGAUCUCGGUACAGAGCCGGAGGAUCUCUGUGCCGAGUGCUCUCCAGCUCAUAAUACCGCCAUUGCCCUGAUUAGAGAAAUUUCAGAAUCUGAUCGAUCGAAAUUCCUGAUGGCGGCCAAAAAGUGGAACUAUAGCAUUGCGUUGGUGGGAGAGGUAAACGAAAUGUCAGCCUUGGUGAGACUAUCGUUAGUCUACAAGAGUUCAACCCUCUCACCAUGCCUUGCUGAGAACAUUUCGUCCACCGUCUUGCAGGUUGUCCAGGAGAUCCUGGCGGACAGUAAUAGACGCAUUAUGGACCUGACGCUAUUCAGCGAUUCAAACUGCGCCCAUGUUCUACGAUGGAACCGCAAGAAUAGUCGGGGUCCAGCAACAUCUCUGAUUGAGAUGAUCCACCAGCAUGCAUGCGAGCGCCCUCAUCACCCAGCUAUUUGUGCUUGGGAUGGGGUCCUAUCCUACUCUGAGUUUGACUUCUUGACAACGCGAUGGGCCAGCUGUCUUCAAUCUUUGGGAAUUGGGCCCCAGAGUAUGGUCCCAGUCAUGAUUACCGACCCUCGGUGGAUGACUGUGGCUGAAAUUGCCAUCAUGAAAGCUGGUGGGGCUUUUGUGCCCCUUGAGGCAACCCAACCGACAAAUCGACUGCAGGACAUGGUUAGGCAGCUAAGCAGUAAGGUUGCGCUUGUCUCUCCGGAUGUGGUACCAAUUCUAUCAAGUCUCGUUGAUGAUGUUGUCAUUGUAUCUGCGAAAACAACAUCAAGCCUGCCAAACGCCCCCUCGAAUCCUCAGUGGCCAAAGAUCACCCCUGAUACCACGGCGUAUGUGCUAUUUACAUCUGGAAGUACAGGAAAGCCUAAGGGUUGCGUUGUUUGCCAUGGGGCGUUGGCAAAUGUGGAAUACCAGUCACAGGCGCUGAGAAUCACAGCCGAGAGCCGGGUGUUGCAAUUUGCCUCUCACGGCUUUGCGGUGUCCCUGAUGGAGGUGCACUGUUCCCUGGCAGUAGGCGCUACAGUCUGCAUCCCGUCGAAGGAAGAUUGCAUGAAUGGACUCAAUAGCGCGAUAGACUCAAUGCAGGUCAACUGGGCGGUACUCACCCCAUCAGCAGCACUAUCACUCGCAAGCCCUCUAGGGUCCCUAAAGACACUAGCCUUCGCUGGUGAGCCCAUGCGGAGCGACCUCUUCCAUAAGUUGGCGGACGAGGUGGAUAUGAUUCUAGUAUACGCAUCCACUGAAUGGGCGGGUGUUUGUGUCUCUCAGCCCAUUCGUUCCGUGACGGAUAUCAGAUGCAUUGGUCCCUCGCCGACAGGAAAUCUUUGGUUGGUGGAUCCUACGAAUCAUAAUCAACUGGCACCCGUCGGGGCUGUUGGCGAAGUACUGAUUGAGAGUCCCGGACUUGCAAAGGGAUAA